UACCGAAAGCUGUCGGGGAUAAUCAUCCCGGGGUUCGCGUCGACGCAGCUGCGCGCGUGGUCGGUUCUGGAUUGCCCCUACUCGCCCUUCGACUUCAACCCCCUCGACUCCGUCUGGCUCGACACCGCCAAGAUAUACUCAUACACGGGUCCACGACGAGCAGCCUAGGAAAUUGUUUGUCUCCAUACUUUGCCUUUUUAAAUGAUCGUCUAUUUAUAGAUUUGGAGACGGGACGAUUUUCUGUUGGGAUAGACUGGUACUGGCCCGACACAUCUAACUGUCUCUGGAAAUGGAUAUCCGACGAAAAAUUUCGGAACACCUUUGGUUUGUCGGAUACCACAGAACCAGCAAUUAAAACUGGGAAGAGGUUGAGCACAUGGAAGUGUGACAAUAUCUCCAAUUCUAAUCAACUCAUGCUUGUCUAGUGUUCCUUUGGAUACAAUGAGGGUCCAUCUGCUUUAUGAGGGAAAUUACCUGCAACAAGAUACAGCAAGAUCAAGAUUUUUCUGGCAAGGGACUAGCAAGGAAAGGAAGCAUCAUAAUAUGGUGAAAUGGGAGAUUUGAGCAGACCAAAAGAUUUUGGUGGGCUGUGUUUCAUGGUUGUCAGAGCUAUGAAUGUUUGCUUAGUGGCCAAGUGGAUAGACGGAUUAGAGAGGGGAGAUAAUAGCAUAUGCUGUGAACUAUUGAGGAGGAAGUAUCUGGGUCAGAAGAGUAUAUUUCAGAUUAAGAGGAUCAAUGGUUCUCAAUUCUGGAGAGGUAUACUUGAAGUGAGACAAUGGUACCAGAUUGGGAGAGCUAUGAAAGUCAGUAUUGGAGUGCAAACCAGAUUUUGGGAGGGUACUUGGCUGGGUAAUUACACCUUAAAAGUUGAGUUUUAUCAGCUAUUCCAGAUCUGUGAUGACCCAAAUGUGUCAAUUAACAAGAGGUAUGGUUGAGGGGUGUUGGCAAAUUAAUCUCAGAAGAGCUUUGCGGCAAGAAGAUAUGGCUUAAUGGUUGAGGCUUCAGCAUUUGUUGAGCUCUGUGGUCAUCAACCAGGGGAGAGAUACCGUUAGUCGUGCUUUAAAAUUCAGGCAAAUAUCCCACCGAAUCACUCCAUUAAUUCAUGUCCUUCAGUGGAGUUAAAGACUGACAAAUGAUAGGCAUGAGGAAGUGUAGAGUACAUUUGAAGAUUCAAAUCUUUUUGUGGAUCAUCGUUCAUGACAGAAUUCAAUCAGCUAUGCAGCUUAAGAAAAGGAAGUGGUCUGGUGGCAAUUUAUGCAAGGUGCAAUGUGGGCACUUAGGAAGACCAGGAACAACAUGGUAUUCAGUGACAGGCUUUUGACUUCUCCUAGUGUGGUUAUCCACAAGAUGCUUGUCUUUCUGAACAACUGGAAGAUGCUGGUAAAGGCAAAAGAAAUGCAAGGAGUAGAAGAGCUUAUCUACAAGCUGGUGGAGAGGGUCGGUUCUGUGGCAUGACCCCAGACUGUGCAUUCAUGUCGAUGGAGCGCAGCAAAGCCGACCUUCUGCUCUGGUUCUGUUAAUUCGUUGGUUAGUGUCCAGAUUAGUGUUACCUUAGCCGAUUUUCAUCAGGUAUCCUAACCACUUGGUUUUGAUACGUUCAAUAUGGUGCAGCUUUUCUCUGCUGUAAAUUGCUGGCUUAAGUGCAUGCUGCUUGAACCCUAUAAUCAGACAGACCAUCCGGAAUGCAAGUCAAGGCCUGAUAGUGGUCUUUCUGCAAUUACAGAGUUGGACCCUGGUUAUAUAACAGGUCCUCUUUCUUCAGUAUGGAAAGAAUGGGUCAAAUGGUGUGUAGAGUUUGGCAUUGAAGCUAAUGCAAUUAUUGCUGUUCCUUACGAUUGGAGACUGCCACCAUCAAUGCUUGAGGAGAGAGAUCUGUACUUUCACAAAUUAAAGUUAACUUUUGAAAUUGCUUUGAAACUCCGAGGAGGGCCAUCUUUGGUAUUUGCUCAUUCGAUGGGAAAUAAUGUCUUUCGCUACUUUUUGGAGUGGUUGAAACUAGAAAUUGCUCCCAAGCACUAUAUCAAGUGGCUUGACGAACAUAUACAUGCAUAUUUUGCAGUUGGUGCUCCUCUUCUCGGCUCUACUGAAGCAGUUAGAGCUGCUCUUUCUGGAACAACUUUUGGUCUUCCAGUCAGUGAGGGCACAGCACGAUUGAUGUUUAAUGCAUUUGGUUCAUCUUUAUGGCUUAUGCCAUUCUCAAAAUAUUGCAAAGCUGAUAAUAUUUACUGGAAGCAUUUUUUUGAGGGAAAGGGAGGUUGUCCCCACAGACAACAAUGCGAUGAAGCUGAAUAUAUUUCAGACUACUCUGGAUGGCCCACAGACCUCGUCAAUAUUGAGGUUCCUUCAGUUCGAGAUAUGGGGCCAUACCCAUCCAUUACGGACAUAACGGAGGACAUAACAUCCAGCAUGGAGUGCGGAAAGCCAACUCUCCUGUCAUUUUCUGCCAGAGAAGUUUCGGAUGGCACUUUGUUCAAAACAAUAGAGGAUUAUGACCCUCAAAGCAAGGCACUUGUUUAUCAGCUUGAGAAGUACUAUCAGGGCGAUCCAGUUCUGAAUCCUCUCACACCCUGGGAAAGACCUCCAAUUAAGAAUGUAUUUUGCAUUUACGGGAUUGAUUCAAAGACUGAGGUAGGAUAUUAUUUUGCACCAAGUGGCAAACCAUAUCCAGACAACUGGAUAAUAACGGAUAUUAUUUAUGAGUUUGAAGGGUCCCUAAUUUCAAGAUCAGGUAAUUCUGUUUCUGGAAAGCCUAACAAUUCCAGUGGUGAUGGAACGGUAUCCUACAACUCCCUCUCAUGGUGCAAGAAUUGGCUUGGACCAAAAGUGAACAUAACAAGGGCUCCACAGGCAGAACAUGAUGGAUCUGAUUUGCAAACAAUUAUGAAUGUCGAUCGCCACGCUGGCCAGGAUGUACGACCAAACAUGACGAGGGCUCCGCAUGUGAAGUACAUAACCUAUUAUGAGGAUGCGGAAAGUCUUCCAGGAUGGAGAACGGCGGUCUGGGAGCUCGAUAAAGUUUUUACAGCAAAUCACAGGAAUAUUGUUAGGACGCCAGUACUAAUGCGUGAGCUGUGGCUUGAAAUGUGGCAUGACAUGCAUCCUGAUUCAAAAUCAAAAUUUGUGACAAAAGCUUUCCGAGGUCCACUGAGAAACGAAGACUGCCGCUGGGACUACGGAAAGGCUCGGUGUGGCUUUCCAGAACACUGCGAAUACAGGUAUAUAUUUGGUGAUGUGCAUCUGGGAAUGAGCUGCAGACUGAAAAAUACAUCAACUAACCUCCUCCAACAGUAUCUCUGAAGUAUGUGCAUCGCCCUCAUUCCAUUUUGCUCUCGUUGAUGGAAACUGCACCUGACAUGUUCUAGUGACAUCAAAUAUUGUAGUUUGUCGACUGGAUGGGAAUUAUAUUUGAUUUCCCAUUUUGAUUUGCGAAUGAAAUACUCGGCAAGGUAGAAGCCAGGAUCAGUUAGAGCCCAACCAAACAGGUCAACUCUUGCUCUGGUGGGCUGGUGGCCAUUUUGGUACUGUUAAUCUUUGAAGCCGGACAUGUGCAAGCUGAAACUACACGUUCCCCUAACUAAUUUUGGUUGAAGAUGGAAGUCGUCGUUCCCAGGAGUGUAUAGUUUUGUUCUUGUUUUCAGCCCAUGUAGAAGCCAUUUGUAGCACCAGUACUUUCGGCGUCCUGGAGGUGCCAUGAGAUCACACUGGUGUGUAUUGUAAACACUUAUGUCUAUCUGGGAAAUCAACCAGAGUUGCGAAUUGACUCUUACAAGGAAGGUGCUCUAGAUGCGCAGUCAGAAAAAAAUUAGUGCUCAAUUAA